UUCCAAAGCGCGUGCGUGUGUUAAGUUGGGUUGAGUUGCUGUCAUUUGUUAUGAAGAGUCGGACAUUUUAAAAGUCCUUCUCACCGCGUAUAAACCGCCGCUAGCUUAGCAUAAAUAUCUUCCGCUAGCUUAGCAUGACAAUCUGUUACCACGAAGACGUCAGGCGCCGCGUUUCUCUUCGACAUCUGUCUCUUUGGGGUGGCAAGGUCUCAUUUACAUUUCACUCAACCGAGCAUUUUACAUUCGUCUUUUUUUUCUAGAUUUCCGCUCGCUUGACAGGACGCGGUGCGCUUAAUUUGAAAAGAAGAGACCGCAACCGCUGCUCUCGUCGUCAAUGGCGAAAAAUUGAUUGUUCGCGUGACACUCCUGUUACGGAGGAUGUACGCAGCACCUCAGAUAUCGGUAGACAUAGUUUUAGCCGCCGGGAGGGAAUCUGGCGCUGGAUGAACCUCUUUUGAAAGGGUCGCUUCGGGCUCACUCCUCACGUGAAGCCAGCGGAGAGCGGAGCCGUCCUGGCGACAACACUAAGGGUGUAUCAUUCAAAAAGUCCUUGUCGAGAUUCUAGCAGUUGUUAUAAUAAUUGUGGUGACGGUCCUCUUUAGUUGGAGAGGAACUUUUCCGCAGGCUGCAAUUCAAUCUUCAUAUUGCAGACCUUUAAAUAUCUGACUUGCAAACCUCAAAGCAGCCACGUGGUGUAAGGUGAGACAUUCCCAGCCUCACCAGUCUGCCAUGAUCAGUGGACUCGGAGCAUGACCAGUCUGCCCACUUCACACCUCUGAUUCAAAUUUCUUUACACAUAGUUCAAACUCAACUUUGAGCUAAACGAGGACUGUUUGCAAGUGACUGGUAGGGGAUUCAUCUCGCAAGUCCCCUAUUGUUUUCUUUUUUUGUUUUCAACCAGUAUGCCCUGUUCUUUUUUUCGCAAGUCUACCCUAAGCACCUUGCAGUGAAUGGAGAACAUACUGGUUCUGCUCCCGAAGCACCGACAGGAACACAGGCUCAGCAGAAGCACGGCUGCGUGUGGCUCACCAAACUUUUUCACAUUAGUAGCGACCCCAAGUCCCUGUAAGCCUCUUUAAUGGGAUAAAUCAAUUGGACUGAUCAGGUUCAAGACCAGAUCAGGUGACCGAUUCCACUGUGACUUCUCCGAAACAAGCGGACCCUUUCUUAUUAAGCCAAUUGUCCUCCAAAGGCGUCCGCAUGGUACUUUGGUCGAAAGAGCAAGACAAACUCCCUGACAUCGACAUGUCCUCCGGGGCCAUUGAGGCGAAGACGGAGGGAGGGCCCCCGUCAUUGCCCCUGCUCAACUCCAACGGCUCCGUCUCCCCGGUGAUCCUCACCGCGGGCCCCGAGGAGGUGGGCCCGGAGACCGGCGGCGAGUUGGAGCUCACAGAAGUCACCUCGCUAACCGAGCGGGCCGGCGAGACCGCGGAGGAUGAGGAGCGGUCGGAGAUUGUGGUGGCGAUGGACUGCCGGGCCAAUGCCAAAGGUCAGAGGGAGGAGGACGCUCUGCUGGAGAACGCCAGCCAGUGCAACGAGAGCGACGACACCAGCACCGACCAGAGCCCCGAGCCACCAGCCCCCCUCAAGGAGACCUCCUUCUCCAUCGGCCUACAGGUGGUCUUUCCCUUCCUGCUGGCUGGGUUUGGGACGGUGGCGGCUGGAAUGGUGCUCGACAUUGUUCAGCACUGGACGGUGUUCACGGAGGUGUCAGAGGUGUUCAUCCUGGUGCCGGCGCUGCUGGGACUCAAAGGCAACCUGGAGAUGACGUUGGCCUCCAGACUUUCCACCGCGGCUAAUAUUGGUCAGAUGGACACAGCCAAGAACAUGUGGAAGAUGAUAAUGGGGAACCUGGCCCUCAUCCAGGUGCAGGCCACAGUGGUGGGCUUCCUGGCCUCCAUCGCUGCUGUGAUCUUCGGCUGGAUCCCUGAGGGACACUUCAGGCUGGGCCACGCCGUGCUGCUGUGUGCCUCCAGUGUGGCGACUGCCUUCAUCGCCUCUCUGCUGCUAGGGCUCAUCAUGAUCGGCGUGAUCAUCGCGUCCAGGAAAGUUGGCAUCAACCCCGACAACGUGGCCACGCCCAUUGCCGCCAGCCUGGGAGACCUGAUCACCCUGUCGGUGCUGGCAGGCAUCUCAACCGGCCUGUACAAGGAGCUAGAGUUCAACGAAUACGCCAACCCGCUGGUGUGCGCCGUGUUUGUGGCCCUGUGCCCCCUGUGGGUGCUCAUAGCCAGGAGGAUCCCAUCCACCAGAGAGCUGCUGUACUCUGGCUGGGAGCCGGUCAUCAUCGCCAUGGCAAUCAGCAGUGUUGGUGGUUUGAUCCUCGACAAGACGGUCACCAAUCCAAACUUUGCUGGCAUGGCGGUCUUCACCCCGGUCAUCAAUGGGGUGGGAGGUAACCUGGUCGCAGUUCAGGCCAGUCGAAUCUCCACCUACCUGCACAUGAACGGUCUGCCCAUGGGGGAUCCCAACCAGAUCCCCAGGAAGUGCCCCACCCCCUGCGCCUCCUUCUUCGGCUCCUCUGUGAACUCCCGCUCAGCCCGAGUGCUCUUCCUCCUGGUCGCCCCGGGUCACCUCGCCUUCCUCUACACCAUCAACUCCCUGAGGGGGGGGCACACCACCCUGACGGCGCUCUUUGUUUCCUUCUACAUGGUUGCCGCUCUACUGCAGGUGUUGAUCCUUCUCUACCUGGCAGACUGGAUGGUGCACUGGAUGUGGGGCCGAGGCAUGGACCCCGACAACUUCUCCAUCCCCUACCUGACCGCUCUGGGCGACCUGCUGGGGACCGGCUUCCUCGCCCUCUGCUUCCACAUGCGCUGGUUCAUCGGUGACUCGGACUCUAACGCGGGGAACUGAGUUCGCACAAAAGAAAUAACAAAAGACACACAUUCUACGCUUGCGCACACGGAUGGUGACAAAACACGACUGACAUUUUCUUGUCUACGAUAAAAGGGCUAAUCUCUUGUAGAUCUCCAACUGAUGGUCUGGUGCCUGAAGGGGCAGUGAUGUUUCAUCUGCAGGGCAUGAGCCCACAGCACAGACAGUAUCUUAAACCCACACCUCGACCAGUGAACACACCCUCCUCCCAUUUUUUUUUUACCUAGCAACUGAGUCCCGUUACGUUUGCUGUUAACACCCUAUUAACAAUUAUUAGUAUUGUUGAUAAAUAGCGCAGUUGAUAUGAAUUGUUCCACGCAAAAGUCCAGUCCUCAUUAUUUUCAAUGGCAACCAAUCAAGUUUUGGUACAGCAAGUGCUAUGAAUAUUAUAUUUGUCUCUUCUAGUAGAGAUUGCAUAGGGCUAGAAAUGAGGGGGGUUUUACUCUAGGGGACUGCACCUCGAACAUAACUAGUCCCUUCUUGGCGUCGCUCUCUGUCAGAGGGAUACUUCAUUUAAGUCUUCAUUAGAAACAAUCAAAGGCUUACGUUACAACCAGCAGGGGUUUACCUCUGCUUCGUCAGCAUUUAGAGCCUCCUAAUUAAGGGCUAUUUCCAUUAAUGAGAAUUGUGUGCUCACUCACACAAUGGCCUAUGUUUUAAUCUUCUAGCUUCCCCUAGAGUCCACAGAAGUUGCACUGAUGCCUUUUGUAUUGGCCUAAUCUGCUCAAAUUUAUAAAGUGGCCUUUAGAAAGAUUAGUCUUUGUUCAAUAAAUGCACAGAAACACUGGAAAGUAGCAUGUGGAAAGCAGCCAGUUAGGGGGCAUCGGUACGGGCUUCAUAUGAUGUGGUCAGAGACGCCUGAUCUCAUCCACCCACUCACUACUGGAGCAAGUUGCUGUUAUGUGGCCCCAUCCAGGCGCCCCCAAAGGUACGACUGCAAACCGCCUGCCGAGCUCAGCCAACCCGACGCCGCUGUGUUCACGUCACGUCGCCUCGGCCCACUCAGGGUCAGCUAACGGUUCCGAUCGCUGAUGUUUUGCACCGUUAUUUUUCUCUUUAAUUGCCUUUGGGGAAUCAAACCUGGAUGUUGAUAUUUUGCUAUGAGAGACAAAUGAUGUUUCCUGAGGUUGGUGAGGCUACAGGAAGCCUAAACAUCCAGCUAUGGCCAACUUCGGCCUUUUUUUUUGGUGUUCUGUUGGUUGUUUAGGUUUUCUUUCCACCAAAAGAUGAUCAGUCAAACCACCCGCUCGCAUGUGCAUUUAGAUCAAUUCUCUUCCACGGAAUGGUUUAAUCGCGGGUGAAAGAAAUCUAUGCAAAGUUUCUGCGUGAAUGUCUUUUUCUGUUGAUUCUGAACGUUGAGGAAGACUGGAGCGCUGAAGGCUGGUGAUUCAUUCAGAUUCUUUCUAAUCAAUUGAUCCUUUCUCUUUUUUACACACAGUCAAAACUUUGUUCACCAUUUGAUUCACACACAGAAUUAGAAAUUAGAAAGAUUAUCAAAAAGUUGUAAAGUCAUUAAUAUAAGGGAACAAUUCAGAAAAUAUAGAAAUAAAUUCUCAGUCCUGGCCCUCCUGAGCCUUCUGUAUAUCACGUAUGUAAUUCUUAAAAAUACCUAAUAAUAAUCUCUUCGGUGAGGGAGGAGCGUGUCCUUUCGUUAAUGAAUGACUCGACGGGGAAAAAUGUGGUUCAACCUCAGUGACACUGAAUCUGCCCCCUGACCAGAGGUGAGGAGGAGAGUGGAAAUCCCGAGGCAGACUCAUCGGGGCGCCUGUGUGCGGCUCUGAGGGCGCCUGCAGGAUGCGUCUGCGCUGCACACAAUGUGAACGUGCAGAACUUGAUUCUUUUAUUUUGCGGAAAAUCUUAUGGUCUUAACUAUUAUUUUUUAAUAUCAAUUAUAUGAUUUUAUUUUCUAUUCUUUUCCUCCGCUCCCUAAUCUGUUUAACGCUUUGUGAUUUAUUUUUUAUUUUUAUGUUGUAACGUUUCACCAAGCAAACAACCGCUGCAAAGAUGAAAGUUUUUUGCGCGCUGGUCAAAAGGCCCAACGUACUGUAAUCUGCAAAAAGAAGCAGACCCCAGAGGACGCAGCAGGGAUCCUCUCUGUGUCCUCUGGAGGGACGUCUUUAUUCUGUCUUCUGUCCCACAGACUUGCUGUAAAAGUUGCAUCCUUCCAUCCGUUCCCUCUCAGUCUGGACCCUCCACUCUGACUGAGCGGGUGCUGGCAUUCUGCCUCUGUGUCAAUGGAAAGUUGUUAAUACUUCUAUAAAAGGGGCAAGUAAUGCUUUGUCUAUUUAUUUUUAGAUUGUGCACAAAGCAAAUUGUACAUAUUAUAUUUAUUCUAUAUAUAUGGUUGUUUAUUUUGUCAUUUCAUUUUGACUCCUUUUCCUUGUCACCAUGUUGGUUUUUAUCAUUUUCUCGCCUUUUUUUCUGCAAAAGGCCAGUAGAGCUUCUUGUUGCUUGCCAAAUGGUGAGGCUAACAAAUAGCACAGUGCCUAAUACCAAUCUGUACACACCUCACACACACACACACAC